AUGGAGUGGAGUGAGCAGGAGGAUUUUACGAAACGGAGGAGGGCUAGGGAGAGGCGUUCUGGGUCCCCUGGGGAGAGGAGAGACUUGAAAAAAGGGCGAGAGGGGUGGAGGGAGGGCGAGGACGCGCGGCAGCAUGUGCGGAGAAGGGGAGAGAAAGAAGGCGGGGUAGGGGAAGAUGAUGAGCGGGACAGGAAGGGGCGGGACAAACGGCGAGAGCGGGAGAGGGAAGGAGAGGGGUAUGGGGAGAGGGAAAGGAGGAGGGAGCGGGAAAGUGAGAGGGAGAGUGAAGGGGAGGGGGACAGUGAGAGGAAGAGGGAAAGGGAGAGGGACAGUGAGAGGAAGAGGGAAAGGGAGAGGGAGAGUGAGUGGAAUUGGGAGAGGGAGAGGGAAAGGGGGAGGGAAAGGGAAAGGGAGAGGAAGAACGAAGGGGAGAGGGACAGUGAGAGGAAGAGGGAAAGUGAGAGGAAGAGGGAAAGUGAGAGGGAGAGUGACUGGGAUGGGGAGAGGGAGAGGGAAAGGAGGAGGGAGCGGGAAAGGGAGAGGGAGAGACGCAGCAGCAGCAGCCGAGCGAGAGAGAGGGAGGGGACGGAGGACGGACCGAAUGCUGACGUGGUAGCCAGGCACCACGAACGAACGCAGCAGCAGCAGAGACCGCAGCAGGGGUGGGGAGGGCCGGUGGGAGGGCGGCAGCAGGUGUGGUACGGUCAUGAGGAGUACCACCCGGUGCAGGCGGGCAGCAUUGACGGCAUGGACACGCGCCCCCAUGACCGCGCCAUCAAGCGUGCCCUCCUCGCCCGCCGCCUCGCAGCUUACGACCCGUGUCCGGCGGCCAUGGACGCAGCGUGCACGCUCUUUGUGGGGCGCAUGCUGCCCACCACCACAGAGGACCGCCUGCUGCAGGCAGCAGAAGCACAUGGCAGAGUGAAGCAGCUGCGCAUUGUGCGCAACAUCGUGACGGGGGCAUCUCGAGGCUACGCCUUUGUUGAGUACGAAACGUGCCAACAGUUUGACAGAGCGUACCGGCGAGGGUUGGAGUUGGAGGGUGUGGGGGGCCGGCAGGUUCUGGUGGACUUUUACCGUCAAGCUCUGCUGCCGGGAUGGCUGCCACGCAGAUACGGAGGUGGAGUAGGCGGGAGGAAGGAGUCGGGGCAGAUGCGGUUUGGCUGUCGGGAUCGGCCGUUUAAAGCGCCUCUGAGGGAGGUCCCAGUAGCAGAGCUCCAGAAGCUUGGCAUUCCAUUGCCCCCUGCGGGAAGUUACCUCUCCAGCCACCAAGUGACUCCUUGCCCUUCAUGA